AUGGGAGUCCUAAAUGGGUGGGGAUGGAUGGUUUUGGGGUCAGGGUCAGGGUCAGGGUCAGGCAAUGAUGAGUUAGUGUACAAAGAUAGAGGCAGGAGACGAGGGCAAAGAGUAAUCGUUGGUACGGGACCAGCUGUUGAUCAUCUUCCUCCACUCGCCACAGAGGCUCCCUUGACAAAAGAUGAUCUUAUUAACUUCUUCCUAUCUGGUUGCAAGCCCAAACAAGACUGGAGAAUAGGUACAGAGCACGAGAAGUUUGGUUUUGAGUUUAAAACUUUACACCCAAUUAAAUACAAACAAAUAUCAGCUUUACUCAAUUCCAUUGCUGUGAGAUUUGAUUGGGAUAAGAUAAUGGAAGGUGACAACAUCAUAGGACUCAAACAAGGCAAGCAAAGCAUAUCAUUAGAACCUGGUGGUCAAUUAGAGCUUAGUGGUGCGCCUGUGAAAACAUUGUAUCAAACGUGUGGUGAGAUUGAUUCACAUCUCUACCAAGCUAAAACUGUUGCAGAGGAAAUGGGAAUUGGAUUUGUGGGAUUAGGUUUUCAACCAAAAUGGAGACUAGGAGACAUACCCAGAGUGCCUAAGGGACGGUAUAAUGUUAUGCAAAAGUACUUGCAUAAAUUUAACUCAUCUGGAAUUGAAUCAUUUUUCAUGACAUGCUCGGUUCAGGUCAACUUGGACUUCAGUUCUGAAGCAGACAUGAUCAAGAAAAUGCGUGCCAGUAUUGCUUUGCAGCCUUUAGCAGCAGCCUUAUUUGCUAAUUCACCUUUUAAGGAAGGGGUUCCAAAUGGUUACCUCAGCAUAAGAAGCCUUAAGGUGGGUCAGCUUGACAAACGUCGCACAGGCAUGCUCCCUUUUGUUUUUUAUGACACUUUUGGGUUUGAGCAAUAUGUUGAUUAUGUUCUUGAUGUGCCAAUGGUGUUUGUUUAUCGAAACAACAAGUACAUAGACUGUGGUGGCAUGUCAUUCCGGGACUUCAUGGCAGGUAAACUGCCUAACAUUCCAGGUCAGAUGCCAACACUCGCUGAUUGGGAAAAUCAUCUAACAACCAUAUUUCCUGAGGUCAGGUUAAAGAGAUACAUGGAAAUAAGGGGUGCUGAUGGUGGCCCUUUGGACAUGUUAUGUGCUCUGCCAGCUUUUUGGGUAGGCUUAUUGUAUGAUGAUGUUUCACUACAAAAUGUUUUAGAUAUGAUUGUUGAUUGGACACCUGAAGACAUACAAAAUUUAAGGAAUAAGGUUCCCAUAACCGGUUUAAGAACUCCAUUUCAAGGUAGAUUGUUGCUGCAUAUCGCAGAAGACGUGUUAAAGUGGGCAAAGGAUGGCUUGGAUAGAAGAUGUUUAAAUGAAUCUAUUUUCUUGAAUCCAUUGAAAGAAAUAGCUACAACAGGUUUGACCCAAGCAGACAAGCUAUUGGAGAUGUAUAAUAACAAGUGGGGAAACAACGUAGAUGCUGUGUUUAGAGAGCGCUGCUAUUAACUAUUAAGUCCACUUAAAUUCUCGUAUGCUUUAAGAAGAAGAGAAGGAAUGAAAUGCAUACAAAAAAUAAUGUUUAUAGUUUAGACACUGGAUAGUUAGUAGUGUUCAAUACAUAUCUAUUCAUUUAUCGUUAAGGUUGGAGGAAUGUAGAACAGUCAUACAAUGUAUGAAAAAAUCUAGCACGAAUAGAAUUUUCUUCUAAAA